GACUUUCAGAUGCUGGCGGAGAACCAUUCGUUACCAUUGGCGUGGUGGUGGUGGUCCUCAUGCUGCUUCUGAUGAUAGGUUUAGCAGUUUUCUAUAAAUUUUAUAAGAGAAAUACUACAAGCCCAAUUUACGAGGAUAUGCCAAUGAAUUUACGAGCUGCAGGUGGUGAAAAAUAUGAGACGCUGCAGAUGGCACAGGGUGUCCAAGGGGGGGACGAGUACGACACCCUUCACCCAGGAGCACCAGGCGGAGAGAAGAAGAAGGGUGAAUACGAAGCACUGCAGAAAGAGGGAAUGAAAGAGGGGGUGUACCACAGCCUGGGAACGGAGGGGGUAGCAGAAGGAGAGGAAGGAUACCAAGCACUGAAGAAAGAGGGAAUGCAAGAGGGGGAGUACCAAAGCCUGGGAACGGAGGGGGCAGCAGGAGGAGAGGAAGGAUACCCAGCACUGAAGAAAGAGGGAAUGAAAGAGGGGGAGUACCACAACCUGGGAACGGAGGGCACAGAAUGAGGAGAGGGAGGAUAUGAUAGUGUAGGGAGAAAAGGAGAAAGACAAAUUAUAUGAGAUAGUGAAGGAAAAGAAGUAGGUAAAGGUAGAGCAGCCAAUUAAUGAGCCAUGGAAGGAGAGAUAGGUCUCAAUAGCUUUUAUACUUAAGAAAAAUCACGUUUCUCUAAGCCAGCAAAGCCAGAUGCUGUCUACGUCUCAGUCCUGAAGUUCACAUUCUAUGAUUAGACAAAAGUUGAACAUAAAGUAAAUGUUAGUGCUGUAUGGGAAAUUUAAGUAACUUGACUCUGGAUGAUGGAAUAUAGCUCUACAGGCAAAUCUGUAUCAGACUGUAAGGAAAAGCACAGAGAUUUGUAAAAAAUAUUUUAGAUAGUAGAGACAGAUGGAAGCCUGAAGUGAGGUUCCUACAUUAAUCAUGUGAUAUACAGGGAGAAAAGUUUUGACAUAAUGACAGAAGUCAGGUUAUGAGCAAAAUUACCAAAAAAAAACCAAUAAAGAAGGGCUCAUAUGUGCAGUGCAGCAACUAACAUUUGUAGCUGUUACUUAAUCAUUUUCAAAAUGUAUUUAGCUUUUUUCUGAUUUUUGUGUUUUGAAAAGUAUUUGCUUUACCAACAUUUUGCAUGAUACAUCAUUUUGUACAACUAAGAAAUUAUGCAACAUUGCUUAUUAUAAGAUUCUUCUUUUGCAUCAGAAUGUAAAAGUACUUUAUAUCACACUGUUUAUGCUAAAGAUUAAGAUAUUAACUUGUAGUUAAUUUGUAGUGCAAAUGCUGACCUUCCCUUAAAAUGGAGGCUGUUGUGUUUUGGUGCUCAA